AUGCCGCCCCUUUCCCUCUUCCUGUUCCAGACCCUGUUUCUCUCUGUCCGCGCUGAGAUGGUUUCUUCUCCUUCGACAGUCAACGUCUCUAGUCAACUGUUCCCCAACUCAUCUUCGUUCAAUGUUUCAGACUUCUCCUAUAUUAUACCUUAUGGCCAAACGCAAGACUGCAACAUAUACGGGCCCAUCUGUCAGACCGGCUCCAUAACAGUCGGAGUAGAUCUGACUACCGCGACUACAAAUACUGUACUACCAUGCUCAUCCUACCUCACUGCACAGUUUGCGUACCUGGAAUAUGAAGAAUACAAAUUUGAGCCCGGCAUCAAAAACGUUUCGGGGUUGGUGAAGGAGGCGAAUGAUGAUUGGGCGGGAGACAUUUCAGUUAUUCCAGGUCUGAGGGAUUGGAACAUAAACUUUGGUCAUAGUCCGGAAUGCAGAUCUUACGCCGAGGCUAUGAGGAGUGGAGAGUACUCAUUUUCGGAGUGUGGUAGUAGCAAUACGGUCGUUUCGGCCGGUUCGGGGGUUUCCUCCGCCUACCCUUUGGAGAUACCCCCCGGAGUUGUACGAAUGUUCGAUGCUGAAUACACUGGUACAUGUUGCGGAAACUGCUCGCUGGAUAUACCGGAAGUAAGGCUUUACUACUUUCCGGACAAGAGCACUAUCGACUGCCAUAACAAUCAGACGUCCGAAUACCAGAGGUCCAACCUCACCUCGGUCGUGUCCGCUCGGCAUUUAGAAAAGCGAGUACAUUCGCUUAUUGCCAAUGGAAGUACUGCUGUGAUUAGCGGACAUACUUUUACUUCUCCAUCGAUCUACCUCCAAUUGAUGGGCACAGCGGCGGUGAACGAUCAAUGUACUACAGUCGGCCCAAAAUUGACCAAUCCUAUCCUCACUCUUCCACCUGGCGCGCUCACGACAUGGAGGCCACCUCCUUUCGGUAUAGAAGACGACGAUACACUUAAUUUUUUUAUUGGGGAUGUCUGGUCUCCUAAGGAGGCUUGGUUCGAGCUCGUGCCUGAUGAUGUUCAAUAUACGGCCCCGCUCGAUGUCAAGGAUCUGGCUUGCCCAACCUGGGGCUUGGGAACAAGUACCGCUGCCAAUGGCACCAUAUUCACCACUGUUGGCCCGCCAUGGCUUCCGUUGAUCCAGCCGCCCAUGAACAUAUUUUCUCUCAAUCCAACGUGGGCGGCAAUAUGUACCGGGAUAUACAGUGAUUUAUUUGUUUUGAGUGCUUUAGAUCUCUUUGAUCCGCCAGUUGCCUUGACCCCUGCACCGUUGCUACUGCCAACUCCACUUCCGCGUCCUGCGCCUAAACCUGCACCCGCGCCUGCAGACCCGACAACGAUAUCAGAGCAGGCUUCACCCUCCGCUAAGGCCGCCAAACCAGCAACUAUGCCCAACGAUCCCUCGGCCCCUCCUGCAGAAACGGGGGACCCUGGAAAAGGUAGCCCAACGCACUCGGCAGCUGUGGCCUCGGCCGACCCAGCCGGGUCAGCUUUUCUGCCUCAUGGGCCAGCAGACUCUCCAAAUAACAAGGGCGACCCAGCCUCAGAUUCACCAUCAGCUCCACCGUCAGAUCCACCGUCUGACCCUAAAGUACCUUCAGUUGCUGGAGACCCACCAGCAGAUUCCAUGGCACCUCCAUCUGGUGCCUCUGAUUCGCCACCAAAUGAUUCCCAAAAUUCGCCAACAGAUCCCAAAAAACACGUUGCUCCAUUGCCACAAGGGGAAGACCCUCCAACGCAGACUCAAGGCCUAGGGGCAAUCAUCUACAACGCAUUUGGGAGGUCCGGACCCGAAGUUGACGGAUCCUCUACCAUGUCGUUGCCUCCUCAAUUGAUCUUCACCGUAGGCGCUCAAACCUUCACUGCCAAUCCAACAGGCUUCAAAGUCAACAACGCAGCCAUUUCUCCCGGUGGCGCCGCUCGAACCGUCGAUGGUACGAUAAUCAGCCUCGGUCAAUCAGGAGGUUUAGUCAUAGGCAGCAGUACUGUCACCCUUACAAUUCCAUCUGCUACACCCGUGUUGGCAGUGGCAGGCCAUACUUUCACACCAAAUCCAUCAGCUUUCUCCAUAGCCGGUACCACCAUCUCCGCAGGUGGUCCCGCUGUCACAGUUGAUGGCACCACCAUCAGCCUCGAUCAGUCGGGAGCAUUGGCUAUCGGUAGCACGACCAUCGCUCUCAAAACCCCACCAUCCUCCCCUUCUGCCAAAGAAGCAUUCACUGUGGCAGGCCAGACCUUCACACCGGACCCAUCGGCUUUCUCUAUAGCCGGUACUGUCAUCUCAGCAGACGGCCCGGCCGUUACAAUCAGUGGAACCAUCAUCAGCCUUGGCCAAAACGGAGCUUUGGAAAUAGGCAGCAGUACCAUCUCUCUUCCAACCCCACCAGAUGCCUUCCCCAGCAAAGUAUAUACAGUCGCAGGCGAAACAUUCACACCCGACCCCUCCGCGUUUUCAAUAGACGGUACCACCAUCUCAGCAGGUGGUCCCGCCGUCACAGUUGGUGGAACCAUCAUUAGCCUCGGUCAAUCGGGAGUAUUAGCUAUAGGCAGCUCUACGGUCGACCUUCUCCCUUCUAGUAGCGCAUACACAGUCGCAGGCCAUACAUUCACACCCAACCCCUCCGCUUUUCCUAUAGACGGUACCAUCAUUUCUGCAGGCGGUCCAGCCGCUACCGUAAAUGGAACAAUAAUCAGUCUUCAACCUUCGGGUACUCUGCUUUUGGGAUCAAGCACGAUCCCGUUGACACCUCAGAAAACAUUUUCAUCUGAUCCUGAUGUUGACAUCGAUGGGUUCGAUGUCAAAGUACAACCUUCCUCUGCCGUAGUGGAUGGCGCAACACUGAGUGCCGGCGCGGCCGGUGUCACCGUUUCCGGAAAUGUCGUCAGUCUGGAGGCUGGAGGUGGGACCUUGGAUAUCGGGACGGGGCAUUUUGCACUGCCGACAUGGACAGGGGCGGCAAAUGGUUCGGUCGGUGCGCAGCCUUUUACGGGUGGGCAGAACAAGGGGUUGGAGGUGUCUUUGCUUUUGGUCUGUGGGGUUUGCGGGACAUUUAUGCUGUUGAUGUGA